ACGUCAGUCACGAUGAUGGGUAGCAGGGUUGGUUGCGGCGUUGGUUGUUGAUGUCUCCGUCAGAAGUCGGCAGCUGGAGGACGAAGGCUAAGAGGUAACAAUGCAGUUUCUCGGACGGCUGCUUGACACAGUCUCUUCAAUCUCAACCGUGUUCUCCAACCCUUACCGCGUCCGUGAAGUGCCCCUGAUUGACUACAGUGGAGAAGGCAAAAUUAAGCUGAAGCUUGAUGGACGUAUGGUUCUGUACAAAAAUGCCUCCUGCCAGUCAUGGGAUUGUGUGCUUAUGUUCCCUGAAACUUCUACCGUUGCUCUGAGGUUGUUUCAGGUGGGGUCACAGGAGGAUGCCAUGAACUGGUUCCCACAGUAUGCUCUCAAGCUUCGGCCCUUCUAUGAGACACUUCCUCUGAAGCCUGAGACCACCCAACCGAUCGUGGACUGUCUCCGUAACCACCCGGACUGGAGCUCCGCCCAUAUCGCAGUCGAUAGGGGCUUGAGGGAAUGCCUGAAACAUAACUAUGUCCAGAGUCAGAUCAAUAAUCGAGAUGCGUCUGGUCAGACGCCACUGCACCUGGCGUGUGAUCGAGGUGAUCUGGUAUGCAUGAAGGAGCUGUUGGAGAAGAGCCAGGCUCACACCAAUGUCAAAGACGUCAAUGGAGACACACCGAUGCACUACGCCGCCAUGCAGGAGUCUUCUGCCCUCAUCCAGAUCCUGUGCUCGCGGAUGUGCACUGGGAUGAAUGAGCUCAACAACAACGGGGAAACGGCACUCCACGUGGCCUGUCGUUUGGGCCAAGUAGAGGGAGUCAAAGCACUCCUGGGGGGCGGGGCUAGGUGUGACAUUAUUGGAGGCUUCAGCUACCCCGUUCACACUGCCAUGAAGUACAACGCGAAGGCCUGUGUGGAAGAGCUCCUCAAAGCAGACCCAGACCAGAUCCAUGCUGAGGACCCUGUAUAUGGAGGGACGCCUCUCCACUGGGCAAAAACCGCUGAGAUGUGCCGCAUGCUGCUGAAUUGUGAUUGUACGGUAAACUACCUCAGUAAAACAGGCGAGAGCGCCCUCCACAUUCUGACCAAGAAGGGCCGCUUUGAGGCAGCGAUGGUGCUCCUCACCCACGGAGCAAACGCCAACCUGAAGGGCCAGGAUGGGAACACAGCCCUGCACGCAGCCAUGAAGCUGGACCACAUAGAACUGAUCAAAGCUCUGAUUGUGUUCGGGGCGGACGUGGAGAUCCACAACGAUUUGGGGGAAACGCCCGGACUCAUCGCCGCACGUACCAGCAAAGGUUCCAAUAGAAAGAUCCUGCUGGACAUGCUCUGUAGUGUAGGGGUCCAGCGGUGCCUCUCUCCCUCCUCCAGCAGCACAAAGACCACACCUCCACUCAUAGGGUUUGAGGACCUCCUGCACUUGGGCGUGGCAGUCGCGGCAAUGAGCAGAGGUGCAUCAGAAACGGACAGCAUCGCAGUGGAGAAACAGAAGAUGGACAGACUGCUGUGUUUGGACGGCGGCGGGAUAAAGGGCUUGGUGCUGAUUCAGAUGUUGAUCGCUCUGGAGAAGGAGGCCAGGCGGCCCAUCAGGGAACUGUUUGACUGGGUGGCUGGCACAAGCACUGGGGGCAUCCUGGCCCUCGCGAUAAUCCACGGUAAGUCCAUGGAGUACCUGCGCUGCUUGUACUUCAGGAUGAAGGAGCAGGUGUUCAAGGGCUCACGACCCUAUGAGUCAGCACCGCUGGAAGACUUCCUGAAGAAGGAGUUUGGAGAAAACACCCAGAUGACAGAUGUCACAUAUCCCAGGGUGAUGGUAACCAGUGUCCUGGCAGACAGACAUCCAGGAGAGCUGCACAUCUUCAGGAACUACGACCUUCCCUCUGCCCACAGAAAACCUCCUUAUGCCACCACAGCCACAUUCAAACCCCUCACCAUCCCGAAAGGUUGGGAAGACGAGGAUGUGUUGUUAGUAGGUUACACAAAGGAGCCGCCGAGAAAGCGUAGGAAGGUGACAGAUGAAGAACAGCUUGUAUGGAAAGCCGCACGCUCCAGCGGUGCAGCUCCCACGUACUUCCGACCAAUGGGGCGCUUUCUGGAUGGAGGGUUGCUGGCAAAUAACCCGACACUAGAUGCCAUGACAGAGAUUCAUCAGUAUAACAAAGCCUUAAAAGCAGAGGUUCGGGAGGAAGAAGUUAAGAAGUUGGGUAUUGUGGUAUCUCUUGGUACAGGUAAGCCUCCUCAGAUGGUGGUGAGCUCUGUGGAUGUUUUCCGACCCUCGAACCCCCUGGAACUGGCCAAGACAUUUGUAGGGGCCAAGGAACUGGGCAAGAUGCUGGUGGACUGUUGUACAGACUCUGAUGGCUGUGCGGUGGACAGAGCAAGCGCCUGGUGUGAGAUGACUGACACCAUCUACCACAGACUGAGCCCACAGCUGUCUCAGGAGGUGAUGCUGGAUGAAGUCAGUGAUGCGGUUUUGGUGGACAUGCUGUGGGAGACCCAGAUGUACCUUUACGAGAACAGAGCGGUUGUGGAGUCGCUGGUAAAGCAGCUGCUCAGUGACUGAACGCCCAGACGGGACGGUGACGGCGAGCAAAAAAGUCGGGGAGUGCGUGUGAAUGACUGUGUUACUGUACUCAGUCAGACUGACUGUCAGAAUAAUGUAAUCUUGUUGAGACUUACAACCUAUACAUUUUCACUGACAUAUGCAGUACUUUGUAGCAAAAUGUGAUCUAAAGAAUGGGGGAACAUGGGGAGAAAAAAGCAUGACAGACUGGCUUAAAGGGGAAUUCAGCAGCAAUAUGUGAUCUUAUCACUGACCCCAGACGUGAUCCAGCAUGAAGCUUGUGACAUUUGUAGCCAUGAAGCUUCUUUCUGUCGUCAGCACUUUCACUUGUUUCUUAAUUGUCCUUAUUUUUGGACGAAGUGAAAAACUGUCAAAUGAAGGUAAUGCUGGUGGUUUAAAUGCACUUUACUGUAUGAAAGGAGAGCGUUCUGUUUACGUUGAUUUUGUGCAGGACAAGAUGUAACUCAGUGGGACACUCAUCCAAAAACAUAGGCUGAACUUAAUUUCCUCCAUACGUAAGUCACACCACACUGUUAUCUAUGGAGUGGAAAGAUGCCAACCUCCACGCUUAGUCAUUAAAUUCUGCAGGAAUUACCCUGUGCCGGCAAAGCAGGGUUUUGUAAUCGGUCCGGUGUGUGUGUCUGGCUGAACAAGAUUAAAAAAAAAAAAAAAAAAA